CUGAUGCGAUUAGGCGGAAGUGAAGCUGACGCGAUAAGAUUGUUGAUACGUAUUUGGAAGAGGAGAACACACUCCUGUUGUCUAAAAUGGAAACUGAGAAGUAUCCACGAUCUUCAAUCGAAGAUGAUUUUAACUACGGGACGAAUGUGGCGACGGCCAGCGUCCAAAUCCGAAUGGAUUUUCUGCGGAAGGUGUACAGCAUCCUUUCCAUUCAGAUUAUUUUGACCACAGUGACGUCAGCUGUCUUCAUGUACAGUGACUCCAUCAAGAGCUUUGUUCACGCAAGCCCUGCUCUAGUUUUGGUAUCAACUGUUGGCUCUCUCGGUCUUAUCUUUGCCUUGGCCAUCUACAGACACCAGCACCCAGUCAACCUUUACCUGCUCCUUGGCUUCACACUUUUUGAAGCCGUGACUGUUGCUACUGCAGUCACGUUUUACGAGUACUCUGUGGUGCUCCAGGCCUUUGCUCUCACUGCCGCUGUGUUCGUUGGCCUGACUGCCUACACCUUCCAGUCAAGGAGGGACUUCAGCAAACUAGGAGCCGGGCUUUUCGCUUGCCUGUGGAUUUUGAUAAUUGCAAGCUUCAUGAGGCUGUUUUUCCAUAAUGAGACGGUGGAGCUGGUGUUCGCUGGUGCUGGAGCCCUUGUGUUCUGUGGCUUCAUCAUCUUUGACACCCACCUGCUGAUGCACAAGCUCUCCCCUGAGGAGUACAUCCUGGCCUCCAUCAACCUGUACCUGGACAUCAUUAACCUGUUCCUGCACCUGCUGCGCCUGCUGGAGGCGAUGAAGAGGAACUAGAGUGCCAGGCAAUCAGCCGUUAUGUUUUAAUGCUCAUACUUUCUAAUACUGGCCUCAAAUUCCUAAUGAAUUCCCACCGGGGGACUGUGAGAAGUGUUCCUUCAUGCAUGUGUGAAUGCAUGCCUUAUACAUGGGGAUAAACAUCACUUACAAAGGAACAUGGCAUGAAUACGGGUAAUUAAAGGGCUGAAUUAAAAAUGAAUUCUUUCAGAACCCUGAGGAAGUGCAGAAGAUAUUCAGGUGUGUUCCUGUGGUGUUCAGUCCGAAUUAAUUAUGAAUUUAUGGCCAUUGUUUGUAUUUACCGAUUUUUUUUUUGUUUUUUUUGCAACAAUUUCUUCUGUUAAUUAUUUAUGAUUUAUACUCUAUAAUAUACAUAUGAUAUAUUACUAUUUGUUUUGUAAUAUAUUUAAUGCUGGGAAUACUGUGCUUGAUAAAUGUGAAGUAUUUUGUACAUUAGAAUAUGUUGUUAAUAAAUUUGCAUCUAUCCAAAA